ACAGAGGAAUUGUGAAUUAUGUAAUAGACUAAGAAUGCCUUAUUUCAUGUGGCUUUCAUGUGAACAAUUGGGAAUUUUGUCCUGCAAACUUCAUGUGCUUCAUUUUCUUCAUGAUGGCUAGUCUUUGGUGAAUUGCAUGCUGUGAAAACUGAUGUAAACAGUUGUAAAUGUCCACUGCAACCUUUCUAUAAAAGAAAUAAAUACAAUUGUUUUGUCAUGUAGUAUCAUUUUGAUGAGAAUUGCUUUUCAGUUAAGGAGCAAAUGAAAACUUCUUUUUCCACAUUGAAUGUUUAAUUUUAGUAAUGAAAAAUGAUGUUUUUCAAUCUAGUAAAACUUUAAAGAGAUUGAAAAAAGUCUGGUUUGAGUUUCUUGCAAUGCAUUUUUAUACAGGCUCUAUUUUAUUUAGGUUGUAACAGCAAGGCAGUUUUGUUUAUGACAAUUUGUUUAUUUGAGACAAAGGGAUUCCCAUUGUCAUGUGGCUUGAUGAGUGUUGUCAACAUGAGUGCAAGUGAUAAGUAUGGAAAAGGAAGUCACAGUCUUCCACGCUAAUCUCUUCUCAUAAAUUAAGAGACAGAUGCUGCCAACAGUUUUUGUCUAUGAAAGUAAUCCAUGCUCACAUUGAUGUAAGAAUGAUAAGCUUGGCAAUUGGUGUGAAUUCCUUAUCACUUCCUGUGAUGAGGAAGACUGUUGAUAAAAUAUUUGAUUAUUUUAGUUAUAUUUACAAGUUUUUGUGCUGAUUCUAUUGGAAAACUUUGGAAGAAAUUGGCAUCCAACGGUGUUUCUGUUGUGGUCUGGUGUUUCAAGGAGAAUUUAUGGUUGUCCCAUCUCCGUGUGAGAGAAGUGGAAAUUGGAAACACUUAUUAACUUCCAGUCCUUCCUGUGGUGAGAGGGGUGGGAAGGGCUGAUUGAAACUUCAUGGAUGAGAACCAAGUGGUAAUCACUUUAUUUCUGGCUGUGUUCAGCUUUAUUCAAUACCACACAUCCUUUGUGUUGAGUUGUGUUUUUCAAUUGAAAACUAUGAAAGGCUGACAAGUACUAGUAUAUUUUUAACUAUACUAAUUCUUAACCCAAAUGAAUAACAAUGCUAGAGUAUUGGUUAAGAGGUAGAGGGAAUAGGGCCUUAUUGCAAUCUCAAAGCACUACAUGGAGAGCUUAUUGUAGAGGGGUGCUAUGAAGGUGUAUAUGGUGUACUUGUAUUUGAAGGCUACGAGAAACGUCAGUUAAAUUUACUGAAAAAAAGAGAGAGGAAAAAAAAACCAAACAGAGAGAAUACCAUUUAAAAAGUGAAUCUCUCAUUUUCGAAAGAUCCGUGCAAAAAUUAAGUUGAGUGAUAAGGAAUGAACAACCACGUCUGAAAAAGAACGAGAAACGAGGAAGGGACUGGCAAUGAUGAUGGGGACUCGUCCCCAAUUCUUCCUCGGUCAGUGACUUCCAUGGUGCGAAAGUUUGAAAAUAAAUGGAGGAAUGUGUGAACAACACAGAGGCAGGCUUCUUUGGUGUUUAUCUUCUAUACUGUCUAAAUCCUCGCUAUAAGGGACGCACUUAUAUCGGAUUUACUGUUGAUCCUAAUCGCAGGAUCAAACAGCAUAAUGGAGGGGUGCAGAAAGGAGGUGCUUACAAAACAAGCGGCCGAGGCCCAUGGGAGAUGAUUCUGAUUAUACAUGGGUUUCCCAGCGAUAUUAUUGCCUUACAGUUUGAGUGGGCUUGGCAAAAUCCAGGAAAGUCCAGACGUCUUCGCCACAUCUCUAACAAAAAGACUAAAGAAAAAGAUGUUGAAUUCCGCUUUAGAGUCCUCUCUGAGAUGCUUAAUGUUGGUCCUUGGAAUCGACUUCCUCUCACGAUAAGAUGGUUGAAGCAAGAGUACAAAAUGGAGUUUGAGAAACAACCACCCACUCAUAUGCCUAUAGCAUAUGGACCUCUAAGUAAAAGAAAACCUGAGAAAAGCAAGAGGCGAGGUAGAGAGGAAUUAGAAGAUAUCAAUAUUUCCCACUAUACUUGUGUGGUUUGCUCUGAAGAGAUCAAGGAUGCAAAUGACUGUCUUUCAUGUAUUUCAGAGAGUUGUCAAAUGAAAGCUCAUCUCAUUUGUUUGGCCACAAGAUUCCUGAUGGAAAGUGAGGACAGCUCACAUCUAAUCCCAGUGGAGGGAGAUUGUCCAACUUGUUAUCACACAUUUUUAUGGCGAGAUUUACUCAAACAUCGCAAUGGCAUGGAACAAACUUCAGAUUCAAAUGCAAAUAGUCCUCACUGGGCAGAGGCACUUCAAAGUCAAGAUGAUAUUUGAUAAACAUUAACUGUUCAAAAUCACUAUAACAUCAGAUGUCCUGUCCUAAUUAGCACUUAGCAGCAAAUUCUGAUGUAAUAACAAUUGUUGUUUUGUGAUACAAAAACCUUGAAAUCACAAAGAAUUUAAUGUGGCCUACUAAUUGGCUGGUGCUGUGAUAUUUGUACACAGAAAGCUCAUAUCUAACUUUGUGCUUUGCACAAUGAAGAAAAAAUGAAGUGAAAAGAUUUCCUUUUCUGAGAAUAUUGUAAUUAAAGCUUCCAAUGGCCAAGCUCAAAAAUUAUGUUCUCAGAUGAAGUUACAUGAUGUGUUGACAUGUUCUUAGUGGCAAUUUUUCAAUUUAAUAUUAUUAUUUACUUUUUGGCAAAUCUGCCUCUUUCAUAAACAGACAGACUCAUGCAAGAAAUAAACAAUGCAACAAGCACAUUAACAAACCCAGAUAUUUAUUUAUCUCACACAAUCAUGGGUAUAUUCAUUACUUAAUGGCUGUGCUGACUAUAUGUGCCCGUUAAACAGUCUUUGAUGAAGAUAA